AUGCUAUUUUACCAUCCGCAAACGGUACUGUACUGCACUAACCGUCCACAAAUGAUACAUCGCCGUACUUUUACCGUCCGCACUGUAUUGCGUUACCAUCCGCAAACAUCGUCCGUACUUUUACCGUCCGUACUACAUUGCGCUACCAUCCGCGUUGCACUACCGUCUAUAAAAGGAAACCAAUAUUAUGUUAUUCGUCCGCAACCAGUAUUGUAUCGUGUUAGCGUUUUUGCAAACAGCACUGUAUUGUAUUACUCGUUUACAACUAGCAUUAUGUUGUUGUAUUACUGUCUGCAGAAGACACCGUAUUGUAUUAUUAUAUUAGCAACGGUAAUAUAUUAUUAUAUUACCGUGAUCCGCAAGCGGUAUGAUAUUGUAUUGUUGGCCGCAAACGGCACCAUGCUGUGCAGCCGUUCGUAA